UUCGAAAUAGUAAUCUUCAGAAAGACGAUUCAGUGUCAUUGCAAAACUCGUUUCGCACUUUUCGCGUCUCUGUGAAUAUUAGCCGGUGUGACCUUCUGGCAAUUUUGGACUUGCGGAGAGGGAGUCCUUCCACCCGGCCGUUCGUAUUCGCGCGGGUCGUCCUCCGUCGUCUCCGGAUCGUCGGCGUCGACGGCGCGUCUCCGUCCCCAGGUGGCGUUUCCUCGCUCAUUGGGUCGAACUUCGAUCCCGCCGUCCGUCGUCAGCGUCGGCGUGCGCUUCCGCGCUCCCCUUACGUCCCGACGCGUUCUUUCCCCGUCUGACCCCGCCACUGCAGUACGCGGCAACAGCAGCGAUCGUUGGGAGUCGAGGCAGCGUCGAGCGAUCGUGCGUGGUGUGCGUGUGCGUGUGCGUCAUCGCGUCGCGUUUCGAUUCCUCGUUCGACUCCCUUCGAUUUCUCGCGCGCGUGCCUCCUCCUCUCCCUACCCUUCUCUGCCAGCGGAGGAUUAGCACUGCACCGAACGACGACGACGACUUUUCGUGGAGUGGAUUCCGUCAGAUUCCACGCGUAAUGAGCGCCGCGAGGUAGAGCAGAACUGAACAGAACGCAGACGGAAGGAAAAUAGGGCGCGCGCGCGCGCGAGCGACGCUUAUUAAUCGAGUUGUGAUAAACGAGAGAUAGAGAGAGAGAGAGAGAAAGAGAGAGCAAGAAAGAGAGAGAGAGUGGCACCGCAGGUCAUUUUUCGCUGGUGAAAAAGGAAGGGAGACAGCAGGGUGAGCAGAAAAGAGAAGGCAAAGUAAGAGGGUAACUAAACAUGUCGCACGCGCGUCUGAGGAGCGCCGUGCUCGCCGGCGGCUGGCCGACGAGGACGACGACGAGACAGAGUGCCGGUGGCGGUAACGGAGGCGUUAGCGGCGGGGCGCUGACUGGCAGCCGAGGGGUAGGGAUGCCGGACGCGCAGCCGGUGUCCUCCGCACCGUUGCUACUCCAGCCGAUUAUUCCCUGUCGCGGUAUGGCAUCGAUUCGCAGCGACGCGGCGGCGGCGGCGGCGGCGGCGAGCCCGCGCGGCAAGGUCCUCACCGAGGACAACGUCUUCGUGAACCUGCGCAAGAUGGAGUACGCGGUGCGCGGGCCGCUGCUCAUCCGAGCGCUGGAGCUCGAGAAGGAGCUGCAGAAGGGCGCCAAAAAACCUUUCAAAGAGGUGAUCAAAGCGAAUGUGGGCGACGCCCACGCGAUGGGCCAACGACCCAUCACGUUUCUGCGGCAGGUACUCACGUUGGCGGUCUCGCCGGAUCUACUGGACGAUAAGAGUUUCCCGGAGGACGCAAAGGAGCGUGCCCGAUGCGUUUUGGGGGGCUGCAAGGGCGGCAGUGUAGGCUCGUACUCAGAGUCGGCCGGCAUCGAGUGUGUUCGCAAACACGUUGCGCAAUAUAUUGAGGAACGUGAUGGUGGUAUCUCUUGCGAUUACCACAACAUCAUCCUCUCGAACGGGGCUUCUGAUGGUAUAAAGUCAUUCCUAAAGUUAUUCAACGAAAGGAUCAACGACAAACCAUCCGGCGUAUUGAUCCCAAUUCCCCAAUAUCCUCUCUACUCAGCGACCUUGGCGGAGUUUGGUCUUGCCCAGAUUGGAUACUAUUUGGACGAAGACAACAAGUGGUCGCUUGAGAUUAGCGAGUUGGAACGAGCACUGGAAGAGGUCAAAGGCACGUGCAAUCCUCGCGUGCUGGUUGUGAUCAAUCCCGGUAAUCCGACCGGUCAAGUCUUGACUCGCAAGAACAUAGAAAAUGUCAUCCGCUUUGCCCAGAAGCAUCACCUGUUCCUACUGGCCGAUGAAGUCUAUCAAGACAAUAUAUAUGACAAGGACAGCGCGUUUCACUCUUUCAAGAAAGUCAUGACGGAGAUGGGCGAACCGUACUCGAAGAUGGAGCUUGCGUCAUUUAUGUCCAUCUCGAAAGGAUACAUGGGCGAAUGCGGAAUCCGCGGCGGUUACGCCGAAUACGUCAAUAUGGAUCCGGAAGUGAUGAAGGUACUAUUGAAAUCGAUCUCUGCGAUGUUGUGCCCUACCGUGCUCGGCCAGGUUGUGAUGGAUGUUGUGGUGAAUCCUCCACGGCCAAACGAGCCGUCAUACCAGCAAUUCCAAAAGGAAAAGAAAGAGACGCUGCGUUCUCUAGCGGAGAGAUCGCAGCUCGUCGUCGACACGCUCAAUAGUAUUCCGGGAUAUAAGGCGAAUCCGCCAAUGGGUGCAAUGUAUGUGUUCCCGCGCUUCGAGCUGCCACCGAAAGCAAUCGAAGAAGCAAGAGCGAAAGGUCAGGAGCCAGAUGUCUUCUACGCAUUCAAACUAUUGGAGACCACCGGCAUCUGCGUGAUCCCAGGUUCGGGCUUUGGUCAAAUACCUGGCACGUAUCAUUUCCGGACCACGAUACUGCCUCAAAAAGAGAAAAUCAAGACAAUGCUCGAAGCACUAAAGCAAUUCCAUCUCAAGUUCCUUAAGGAGUAUAGUUAAAUAAUAUUUUUGUUUGAGAAAUUUGAGAUUAUAAGGAAUAGAAAUAGAAAUUAACGAGAAAUGACCGCAAUGGGGCUGUGCAUAUCCGCGUGAGGACUAUUUCCAGGUCCGAGUACGCUUCGUGAACGUGAAAUAUUUUUAUUAAUAACUCACUAUCGAGAGAAGGUUAUCGUCUAGGAUGUUGUUAUUGAGUAUAGAAAACAUGACAAAACUUUUAAAUUUGUUGUAUGUAAAUGUAAAAAAUGUGAAUCAUUGAAGAAUAUCUGUAAAUAUCUGGUAAUUAUCGUUAUGAUAAUAUUACGAUCGAUAUUAUGUAAUAGUCAACAAGAAAAAAGAUUGAAUAUUGUUGCAGUCAA